UUGAGGCGCAAAGCCGCGGAUAGCACGAAGCUAACAGAGCUAACCCUCUGUUUUAAAGCGAGUUAGCAUUAGCAUCGGUGGAGGGGAACUAGCUCUGAUUCCUGCGGCCAGACUCCAUUCAAAAAACACACCAUUUAACAGCCCGGAUCAACUCCUGUGGCGUCAUUCCCCGUCAGUGACAGUCCUGGUUUAGACGGCACAGACGAUGGCUGAGGAGAAGAGUGGAGCCGCUCUGGCCGUGAUGUUACUCCUCGCCGUGAGUUUGUCCGGCGGUGACUUUUCGGCCGGGUCAGACUGCAGCCAGUCCACCACAGAGGUGAACGCCCGGAUGAGUUUAGUGUCGGCGGUGGUGGACACACAGAGGGCGGAGCAGAGCCAGAGGCGGCACCUGGAGGCUUUGUUCAACAGAUACGGAGAAAACGGCACCAUCUCCCUGGAUGGGUUGAAACGGCUCUUACAGAGCGUGGGGCUGAAUCAUGUCAGGGCCGUUAUGGUGCAGCAUCACGAGCAAAUAGGAUACCGUCACCACCACCAUCACCACCACCACCAUCAUCACGAUCAUCACGAUCACCAAGAAGGCCAUAACCACCAUCACCACCCUGAUGACAACCACUCGCAUCACCAGAAGCAUGUCCACACCGAGGCCUCGCGACCCGGAAAGUUCCCUAAGAACGUAGAAAAUCCAGACGGCACGCUGAGGAAGAAGAUGGAGAUCACGAAGAGCCAUCACGUCCCGUACGACAAGAAGAGCACGGUGGCAGCUCAGGAAGUCGGCACCACGGCGGUGUACAGCGCUCAGCUGGUGCUGAAACAAGUCAGCGGCCUGGAACAGGCCAGUCCACCAACCAGAGGAGGAGCUGCUGCUGCCGCCAGGCCGGGCGCCGGCAACCACACACAAGCAACUGCAGUCAGCGGCGUGGAUGAUGGCGACCACGACCCAGAGUAUGAUCAAGAUCACGUCCAUAUAAACCGCAGCUCGGAGAGUGUCGAGUGCCUGAACGUCUCCAGCAUCCUCUCCUCACAUGGGAUGUCUCAGGAGGUGGGCGUGACCCUCGGAGACUUCAGAUACCUCUGCCCCGCCCUCCUCAACCAGAUUGAUUAUGGAGCGUGCAUUGUGCACGGAGACGACACCAAACACGGGGAGAGAGACCAUAAACAUAAACAUGCUCACGGUCACCAUGGUGACCACAACAACUCAGACCAUGACCACAGCGAGCGCACCGGUGGAGAGAGCAGCAAGAACAUCACCACAGCGUGGGUCGGCGGGUUAGUCUCCAUCUCCGUCAUCAGCCUGCUCUCCCUCAUCGGCGUCGUCCUCAUCCCGCUCAUGAACAGAGUUUUCUUCAAGUUCCUCCUCAGCUUCCUGGUGGCGCUGGCUGUCGGCACACUGAGCGGUGACGCCUUCCUUCAUCUCAUCCCUCACUCUCAGGGAGGCCACCAUCACCACCACCACGAGGAGUCUGGGAUGAACAUGGAGGCACCUCACCUCCACGACGAGCACGACGAAAACCUGGACGCGGUGUGGAAGGGCCUGACGGCUCUGGCUGGAGUCUACUUCAUGUUUCUGAUCGAACACUUCCUGACACUGGGGAAAAUGUACAAGGACAAGAAAAAGAAGGUCAGAGCUUCAGGAUGUUUGGAUCAAUAA